CCAUUAUUUUUUACACUUAACCUUCCCAAGCAAGCAAUUCCAAACAUUUAUUUUUUCCGGGUUCCGCCUUUAUAUCCUGGUUCUAUUCAAGCCAGUUGAUGUCCUAACCGCUUCCAGCAUGAACAACCUCGUCAAGUCCUUCCAACUUUUCGUCGUUUUAUUAUUCAGUGCCUCGAGCUUUACGCACGCCGGUAACGUGCUCGUGGUACCGGGAGAAUACAGUCACUGGCACAACAUGCGCAACAUCUUGGACGAGCUGCUGAAGCGAAACCACAGCGUGACGGUUUUGGUGAGCACGGCGUCUCCGACCGUGGACUUCAGACAGAAGGAGAGCUUUGAGUUUCUGGUGUAUAAUGUGUCUCUACAGGCCCACGAGCUGCACAGCAUCAGCGAAUACAUGCUGAAUAUCUGGAUGCAGUACCCGAGACCGAACUCGGUCCGGAAUGGUCUGCAGAUCCUGGAUCUGAUGGGCCAAGUGCAAGCGAUGUACCCGACAAUGUGCGACGCCAUGCUGCGUAACGAAGAGCUGAUCGGCCGUUUGAAGGGUUUGGAGUUUGAUGUGCUCUUGUAUGAUCCGAUGGCCAUGUGCAGUGAUCUGCUGGCUGAGAUUUUGGAUCUGCCGUUUGUGAUUUCUCUGAGGAUUUCUCUUGGUUUUUCUAUGGAGAGGUUGUGUGGACAGAUGCCCGCACCGCCCUCUUAUGUCCCGGUUCCUCCGACAGUGAUGACAGAUCACAUGAGUUUCACUGAGAGACUGAAGAAUAUCAUCAUGCUUGCGGUUUAUUCAUCUGCAUUUAGGAUGGCAUCUCGCAGUAUGGAUCGUUAUUACAGUGAAAUAUUAGGUAAACCUACAACAAUGUGUGAGAUGAUGGGAAAGGCUGACAUCUGGUUGAUCAGAACGUACUGGGAUUUUGAGUAUCCACGACCACUGAUGCCUAAUUUUAAAUUUGUUGGAGGAUUACACUGCAAACCAGCCAAGCCUCUUACAAAGGAACUAGAAGAGUUUGUCCAGAGCUCAGGAGAUCAUGGCAUCGUCGUGUUUUCAUUGGGUUCAAUGGUCAAUAACCUGACAAUGAACAGAGCGAACAUGAUCGCUACUGCUCUCGGUCAGAUCCCACAAAAGGUAAUUUGGCGUUACAGUGGGAAAAUUCCUGAAACUCUUGCUCCAAACACAAAACUCUAUGACUGGAUCCCACAGAAUGAUUUACUCGGACAUCCAAAAACAAAGGCCUUCAUCACUCACGGUGGAACGAAUGGACUCUACGAGGCGAUUUAUCACGGUGUGCCUAUGGUGGGUUUACCGCUGUUUGCUGAUCAGCCAGAUAACCUUGUCCAUAUGAAAACCAAAGGAGCUGCAGUUAUCCUCGACAUCAACGACAUGACUUCCAAAGACUUAGUGGAGGCUCUUCAGACUGUCAUAAAUAAUCCAACGUAUAAGGAGAGCAUCAUGAAGCUCUCCAGAAUUCAUCACGAUCAGCCGAUGAAGCCUCUGGACCAGGCGGUGUUCUGGAUUGAGUUUGUGAUGCGUAAUAAAGGUGCUAAACACCUGCGAGUUCAGGCACAUGAACUGACCUGGUAUCAGUAUUACCUCCUGGAUGUUAUAACUUUUUUACUCACAAUAACGGCUCUAAUCAUCUUUAUUUUCAUCAAAACAUGUUGUUUUAUUUUCCGUAAGUGUUUCAGGAGGGCGGUGCCUAAUCGCAAAGCAAAGAAAAAUAAAAAAGAGUGAAUAAAGAGUAUCAAGAUUGUCUUCACUUUUCUACAAAAAUUUUAUUUAUGUUGAUUGUCCAGAGUUGAUUUUGUUUAUACCUGUAAGUGUAUAAAAUAACAAUACAGUAAUUAAUGUAAUAUAUGUAUAAAUUGACUUCUCAAAAUUUUAUUUAAUUUUGUAAAAUAUUAAACAUUUCUGAUAUAAUUGGA